AUGUCUCUGGACCAAGAUGGCAGUUCACGAAACAAUCCAGUUUACCCCCACGUUUCGUCUUCCUCCCCCCUGAAAGAUCUCGAGUCCGGCGUCUCCGGAAGGGAAGACGGCUUCGUCGACCUCAGCAGGCGGUCGUCCGAAAGUUUGCAUUCUGCGCCAUCGGAUUCGCUCGAGCUGCUGGACUAUGGCAGCCCGGAUGCGGGAUUGCUAGGUCAGACAGGGCCAUCGACCUCGUCCAGACGAAAGGGCUGCUGGGGGUCCUGUGCUGCGUGGCUCAGCGGACCGCAGCCUCCCCGCCAGUACCGCAUCGAGCCUUUCUUUCCUCGCUUCCAAACGGCGCCUCUCCGUCUCGUCGAUCGAUUCUUGCCGACGAGGAGCUCGCGCGUCUGGGCCCUGGUCGCGUUCCAUGCUCUUUGGGCGCUGAUAUUCUUGUCUAUCCUCCAUCGGUCGGUCACGGGUCCCGACAUCCCCGGAUAUGGAUCUCCUGUCAGACUGUCUUGCGGCGCUCAAUUAUGGUCCAAUAGUACCAACUGCGGGCUCAACGGUGACGAGUGCCGUCCCUUCGACGACGCCUCGUUCGCCUUUCGCUGCCCCGCCGGUUGUCGACAGACUAUCCUCCUGGAACCGUACACCGUCGGCGACCAGGACUACAACUACCGGCCUCUGGUCAUUGGGGGUGCGGCAGACGCUGAAGGCGAUGGCAUCUACCGCGGAGACUCUUUCCUCUGCGCGGCCGCGCUGCACGCCGGCGCGAUCAACGACCAGACCGGAGGCUGCGGCAUCCUUCGUCGCACGGGAGAGCAGAGUAACUACGCCAGCGUGGAGAAGAACGGCAUUUCCAGCAUCCCAUUCCCGUCUAAUUUCCCGCUGUCCUUAACCUUUGAGCGCGGCCCCAUUGCGGCUUGUCGUGAUCCGCGGUGGCUGCUGUUCGCCAUAUCGGUGUUUUUCACGGCCGUGCUCUCCCUGGCCACGACGUCGCCGGCCGUGUUCUACUCCUCCGUGUUUUUCAUCACCUACUUCCAAGUCGCGCUGGCGUCGGAUCCGCCUUUCUCGCCGGAUUAUAACGAGGUCGUCUCCAUCGGCCUGGGUCGCUUCCUCCCGGCUGCCUUUGUCGGAUUUGCCAUCUACUACUUCUGCGUCCGACGCACCCUGACGGGGCUGACGGCGCAAUGGGAGAAGACGGUCCUGUGGCUCGGCGGCUGUUGGGUUGGAGCCUUGAACACCGACACUUUUGACCGGAUCCCCAUCUCGCGGCUGACGCCUCACGACAUCCAGCAGCAGCCCGGCGCCGUGCCGGCGCUGAUCAUCAUCGUCGCGAUCCUCGUCGUCGCCCUGCUGUCGCAAGCGUGGGCCCUGUGCAUCGAAGGGCGACUCCCGCAGUAUCUGCUCCUGUACGGCGUCAUGGCAUGCGCUGGACCUGCGCAUCCAUCACUACAUCCUGGCGCUGCUCUUUCUGCCGGGGACGGCGCUGCAGACGCGGCCCAGUCUGCUGUACCAGGGAUUGCUAGUGGGGCUGUUCAUCAACGGCAUCGCACGCUGGGGGUUCGCCAGCAUCCUGCAGACGCCAGCCGCGCUGCUCGAGGGAGCCCAGCUGGGCAGUCUACUACCCAACAUCGCCGUGCCAGUCAUCAGCGGAAACAACAGCAUCACUUUUUCCUUCCCAUGCUCCCCGACGACGUCGCGGGUAUCAGCGUCCUAGUCAACGACGUCGAGCGCUUCCGCGCGUAUCGCGAGAACGAGAGCGAGAGCGACGCCGCCACACCCUUCCACUGGACACGCCUGAGGGCAAACGAGACAGAAUUCUUCCGCUUCGGAUACUUCAAGACAAGGGAUCUGGGAGGAAUAUGGUAUGAAGACUUUACCAAAGCGGGGACGUGGCUGGCGGACGGGAGCUGGGUGCAUAUGGCGCCAGGGGCGAGUCGAUGA